GAAAAAAAAGAGAGAGGGAAAUGAAAAAGAAAAAACAAGAGAACCUUCACUAACUUUCUCAAGUUUUUUAGUACAGGGGGUAAGACACCUCAAGGUUCUCGAUUUCUAAUGGCAACCGAGUCCUCUGUGAUUGCCUGGGGAUCAGGUGAGGAUGGACAACUAGGGAUAGGAAAUAACGAAGAAAAAGAAUGGGUUUGCAUUGUCAAAGCUCUUGAGCCUUACAAAGUUCGCUCUGUUGUUGCUGGAAGCCGCAACUCUCUGGCCAUUUGUGAUGACGGCAAGUUGUUUACUUGGGGUUGGAACCAAAGAGGGACAUUAGGGCAUCCACCGGAGACCAAGACUGAGAACAUUCCUAGCCAGGUCAAGGCUCUUGCUAAUGUCAACAUUGUUCAGGCAGCUAUUGGUGGGUGGCAUUGUUUGGCUGUUGAUGAUCAAGGACGUGCUUAUGCUUGGGGUGGAAAUGAAUAUGGCCAGUGUGGUGAAGAACCUGAGAGGAAAGAUGACACUGGGAGGCCUUUAAGAAGGGAUAUAGUCAUUCCCCAACGCUGUGCAUCAAAUCUUGUAGUUCGCCAGGUAGCUGCUGGGGGUACUCACUCUGUGGUUCUCACACGUGAAGGGCAUGUAUGGAGCUGGGGUCAACCAUGGCCUCCUGGAGACAUAAAGCAGAUAUCUGUCCCUGUGCGUGUACAAGGCCUUGAAAGAGUGAGGCUCAUUGCAGUUGGUGCAUUUCAUAAUUUAGCUCUUCAAGAAGAUGGAACUUUAUGGGCUUGGGGUAAUAAUGAAUAUGGACAGCUUGGAACCGGUGAUACCCAGCCAAGAUCUCAACCUAUUACUGUCCAAGGACUUUCUGGUCUCACUUUGGUUGAUAUUGCUGCUGGUGGAUGGCAUUCUACUGCAUUGACUGAUGAUGGGGAGGUGUAUGGCUGGGGAAGAGGUGAACAUGGAAGGUUGGGUUUUGGAGAUAAUGACAAGAGCAGUAAAAUGGUUCCCCAAAGGGUUAAUCUUUUAGUAGGGGAGGAGAUUGUUCAGGUAUCUUGUGGCGGGACUCAUUCAGUUGCAUUGACACGUGAUGGACGGAUGUAUACAUUUGGUCGAGGUGACCAUGGACGACUUGGAUAUGGGAGGAAGGUGACUACAGGCCAACCAAUGGAAGUGCCAAUAGACAUCCCACCUCCUAAAAAUCCUGGUGAAAUUGGAGAUGAGAGACGCUGGAUUGCUAAACUUGUUGCUAGUGGAGGUCGCCAUACCUUGGCCAUUGUGGAAUGGCACACUGGUGAUUCUAAAUAGAUAUGACAUGAUUGUGUCUAAAAGUCAGAACUAGACAAUGCAAGACCAACGCAGAGAACAUUAACGUAGGAUAAUUUUCUGUAUUACUUCCUGGUGAUUGGGAUGGUUUUGGACUUUGCCACACUACUUGCAGGAAGAGCUGUUCAAUUUUCAUGUCUGGGCCAUGGAUUUCAAGCAUUCUGGUGACUGGUAAGUGAUCACUAUUAAUUGAAUACUGUCCUUGUAAUGAUGAAAUCUUCAACCUAGCUUUCGGCGCUAUCAA